AUGAAUAAGGACGAGGACCGCCACAAUAUACAGACAUCGACGUCAACAAACAAACGCCAUCGCUUCUCGACUCCCACCCCAAAACGGCGUAGACGUGUCCCUUUCGAUCUCCCCCUAGGUCUAUCAGAAGACGACUUUUAUUCCCUUCACACACCUGCGCCAAUCGCGUAUGGGCAAAAGCACGAUGGCGAUCACCAUGGAUCGAACUCGGUAGUAGUCCGUGCGCAACAAUCCUUGUCUCCUCUCAUAAAUCCCGACUCAGUCCUUCCAUCAAUAGAAGAAGGACAAGGAGAAGACAAUGACAACUCUACAGACGACUUCAGCAUCCCCUCUCCUCUCUCAGCGUCAAAUCAGGACCAUCUACAGCCGGAAUGGACCUCAGAAGAUGACGAGACCCUCGUCGCGCUCGAGCUGGAGAAAUUCCAACUCUCCCGACAGGACUGGGGGGACUGCGCUCAGCGUACGAUGGGCAAAGACGACCUCAGCACCGCGCGACGACGAUGGGAGAUACUGAGCGGGGAGGGGAAUGGGAAUGUUACAUUGCGACGGAUAAUGGGAUUUGAAUAG